AUGAUGGAGCCUGGAAAUAGAAAGCUCCGAAUUGCGAGCCUAGGAAGCUCAUUUGCCGCUGGCCCUGGCAUCCCCCCUCAAAUCGGACCACGCGCUGCCAUGCGAUCAGGGCAGAACUACCCUCAUCUCCUGGCGCAACAGCUAAACGCCGAGCUCACUGACCUCACUGUUUCUGGCGCAACCCUUCUCAACAUAACAGUCGACCAACAAACUGCCCCGUUUGCUAGGGAAACCUUCCCGACUCAACUCUCGAAUCUGCCCGACGAUGCGGAUAUCAUCACCGUUACUGCUGGUGGCAACGAUAUCAACUACAUUGGUGGCAUGCUUUCCGACGCUUGGGCUGCAACUAUACCAGGAGCAAUCACCAAUACCCUCAUUAGAGGGUUAAGGGCGUUAAGAUCGGCUGUUGUCUCCCAAUCACCAGCACAAACGUCUGAUCCGUUGUCUCCAAGUGAAUUGGCUGACAGACUAGGCGGAGUCCUCGACGAAAUACACAAACGAGCCCCCAAAGCUCGCAUUUUUCUUGUUGAAUACCUCGCUGUCCUAGGACCUGACACACGGCCUGGUCAGGAUAUUGCUUUCAAUCACGAGAGACUGGAGCAUCAUCGUGGAGUCGCCUCUACACUACACAAUGCCUAUUCUCUUGUAGCGGAAAGUAGAUGCGACUGGUGUGAGAGAGUACCAGUCCACGAACUCAGCCUAGGACACGCACUUGGCAGCAAAGAACCAUGGGUUGGAGGUUUUGACCUUUCAUCGGUGAUUCGACGCGGACCCAUCCUUCACCCGAAUCUCGACGGAAUGAAUGCUGUAGCAGGUCUUCUACUUGAAAGGGUCCAAAAGGAUGUAUCAUACAAAUCAUAA